GUACGUUUUUGUGUUGUUGUUUUUUACAGCAGAAGGAACCAGCGCUGAAAGGUCUCCGUGUUCAUGUUACUAUAAGGAGCUCCGAGAGGUUUUGGACAACACAUGGUUUCAUUUCACCGCUUCAUGACCGCCUGGGUUAUAUUGUAUCUGUCAUAGCCCGGCUAACGGUAGUGUGUUCCGUCGAAGACGCGCAUCGGAGACCAAGCCUCCUUUCACUUGUUGUAGGCGGCUUUUCUCACAAGUGGAUAAACGCAUAACCAUUUCCUCCAAACGAUGCGUAAAAGUAUCCUAAACCCAAAACAUCUGGAACUUGACACAGCAGUGUUACUGGACUGAGUGUGAUACAUAGACCAGAUUGUAUGCCAUGCGAGGCUCUGGACAAAAUCACCACUUUCUCCGGAGAUAGCAACGCUGUUAUUUCUUAAACUCCUGGAACGUCUGGACGAGGACGCCGCGACCGUGUGAGAGAGAAAACCAUGCUGCUGCUGGGCAACGAAACGGGCUACGUCUGGACCGAGUUAUUAAACACCGGCAACCUGACGGCGUGUGCCGGUGAAGAAGACCACGGUGGUCCGGAGGCGGUGAUUGUUCCGGUGAUUUUUGGAUGUAUAUUUUUCCUGGGUGUCGUCGGGAACUCUCUAGUGAUGAUAGUAAUAGGGAAAAUCAAGGCCCGGCGCAACAGAAGUACGACAAACAUUUUCAUCCUCAAUUUAAGUAUAGCGGAUCUAUUGUUUUUGCUAUUUUGUGUCCCGUUCCAGGCUACUAUAUACUCCCUACCUGAGUGGAUAUUUGGAGCCUUUUUAUGUAAAUGUGUUCACUAUUUAGUGAUGGUGUGUAUGCUGGUGAGCAUCUUCACGCUUGUUGCCAUGUCAGUGGACAGGUACAUAGCUGUUGUACACUCCAAAAAGUCCCCCUGCAUUCGCAACAGGAGGAAUGCCCUCAUAGGGGUCUGUGUGAUUUGGGCACUAUCGUUCAUAUUCUCUAUACCAGUGGCGCAACACCAGAUACUCACUGACCACCCGGAAGCGCCGAACAGUUCGUUCUGCUGGGAAGCGUGGUACGCAAGCGCUUCCAAACACACCUACAAAGUCACUAUUUUAGUCAUUGGCUAUCUGUUACCGUUGGGCUUGAUCAUAUGCUGCUAUGCGAAGGUGUUAUUCCAUCUCCACAAGAAGAUGAAGAAUAUGUCCAAGAAAUCAGAACGCUCAAAAAGAAAGACAGCCCAGACGGUCCUCCUGGUGGUCGCAGCCUUCCUGACCUGUUGGAUGCCUCAUCACAUCAUCGCCAUGUGGGUGGAGUUUGGAGUGUUCCCGCUCAACGAUGCCUCCUUCGCGUUACGGAUCAUCUCCCACUGCCUGGCGUACGGGAACUCCUGCAUCAACCCCAUCCUGUACGCCUUUCUGUCAGAGAACUUCCGGAAGGCCUGUCGCCAGGUGUUCACCUGUCGGUUUCUCUACCCUCCACCCCCACAGGAGAAGGUGGUGCGCAUCCGAAUGGAGAACUUCUCAACUACACACUCUAUUACCACUAAUAUCUGACACCACACACUCUAUUACCACUAAUAUCUGACACCACACAUUAUAUUACCACUAAUAUCUGACACCACACCCUCUAUUACCACUAAUAUCUGACACCACACAUUCUACUACAACUAAUAUCUGACUCCACACAUUCUAUUACCACUAAUAUCUGACUCCACAUAUUCUAUUACCACCAAUAUCUGUCACCACACCACACACUCUAUUACCACUAAUAUCUGACACCACACCACACACUCUAUUACCACUAAUAUCUGACACCACACACUCUAUUACAACUAAAAUUUGACACCACACAUCCUAUUACCACUAACAUCUGACACCACACAUUCUAUUCCCACUAAUAUCUGACCCCACACCACACACUCUAUUACCACUAAUAUCUGACACUACACUCUCUAUUACCACUAAAUCUGACACCACACCACACACUCUAUUACCACUAUAUCUGACACCACACGUUCUAUUACCACUCAAAUCUGACACCAUGCACUCUACCACUAAUAUCUGACACCAUGCACUCUAUUACCACUAAUAUCUGACACCACGCACUCUAUUACCACGAAUAUCUGACACCACACUCUCUAUUACCACUAAAUCUGACACCACACCACACACUCUAUUACCACUCUUAUCUGACACCACACAUUCUAUUACCACU